CUCAUCGUCAUCCCAGUUUUUCAGGCAGGAACCAAAUCAAGAGGAUCCCUCAACAGAGACUGUCGAUCACCAGCAGGAUCAUUUCACAUCCCGAUGCAGAGGAGAAGACUGGCUGAAGGAGUAUAGUCAAUGGCAGCAGACCCAUAAUCAUUUCAAGCUUAAAGAGCAUAACCUACCACCAGUCUCAACUACUGAAAAACCAGAACCUUCGCUCAAUAUACCUAUGAAUGGCAAUGAGUCAAGUGAAGUUAGGCAGCUCUUUGUUUUGUCUCAACCUCAAGACCAGCAGCUACCUCCCAUAGAAAUGCAACACCAAUGGAUGUUAAGGAGUGGUUUACCUAGCUGCUGUGCCAAUGAAGAUGGAGUACAUUGUGGGAGCCAACAACCUUCCUUACACCAGCAUCAAGACCCUGAAUGGCAGCAUUGUUGUGAUCAUUUUAGCACCCUAAAAUGCCAUCAGUUUUCUCUCUACCCAUCCAUCAGCAGCAGCCCACGAGUGAGGAACGCUUCCGGUAGCCAUCGGUGGCCGGAGAACCAUAAUCUAGUGGGAAAAAGGCAACGACAAAGAGAGCAGCAGGUACAUCCUCAUACCAAAAAGGUUGGUCAUGUUGGAUUGACGCCUUCCCUGUCCAAGAGCAGUAGCCCACUCCUUCCCGACACAGUUGUGACCAGUGCUAAAUACAGUGGGGAUGUUGGGAGACUCCUGAGCAGCCUUGGAGCUUCGCCACCAAACCUUUCAGAGCUGGACUCAGAGAGACAAGAGCCCCUCCAGACACUCCAAAGGUCCGUCUUGGAGGAGGUGUUCUCGAAAGGCUUCAGCGAGAACAACAGUAAGGCCAACAGUGAAGGAGCAAGAGACGCGCCACAGAAGAGGACCAAGGAUAUUGGCUAUAGAUUGAGCCAGCGUAGGGCGCUCUUUGGAAAGCGCAAACAGUUGAGCGACUAUGCCUUGAUCUUUGGGAUGCUUGGAAUCGUCAUCAUGGUGAUGGAGACGGAACUGUCCUGGGGGGUUUACACGAAGGAAUCCUCAUACUCAUUUUCUCUGAAAUGCCUUAUCAGCCUUUCAACUGCUAUAUUACUCGGACUAAUCAUGAUGUACCAUACACGGGAAAUACAGCUCUUCAUGGUGGACAAUGCAGCUGAUGACUGGAGGAUUGCCAUGACAUAUGAGCGGAUCUUCCUGGUUCUGCUGGAGCUGCUGGUCUGUGCCAUCCACCCCAUUCCGGGCCAGUACGUCUUCACCUGGACAGCCCGGCUGGCCUUCACCUACACGCCCUCAGUAACCGAUGCCGACGUCGACAUCGUCCUCUCCAUCCCCAUGUUCCUCAGGCUCUACCUGAUCGGUCGCGUCAUGCUGCUGCACAGCAAGCUCUUCACAGACGCCUCGUCGCGCAGCAUCGGCGCACUCAACAAGAUCAACUUCAAUACGCGCUUCGUCAUGAAGACUCUCAUGACCAUCUGCCCCGGCACCGUGCUGCUGGUCUUCAGCGUCUCCUGUUGGAUCAUCGCAUCGUGGACAGUGCGCGUCUGUGAGAGAUAUCAUGACACACAGGAAGUGACCAGUAACUUCCUUGGGGCCAUGUGGCUCAUCUCUGUCACCUUUCUCUCCAUUGGUUAUGGAGACAUGGUCCCUCACACUUACUGUGGAAAGGGUGUGUGUCUACUGACUGGAAUCAUGGGGGCCGGCUGCACUGCCCUGGUGGUUGCGGUAGUUGCCAGGAAGUCAGAGUUGACCAGAGCUGAGAAGCACGUUCACAACUUCAUGAUAGACUCUCAGCUCUACAAACGAGUGAAAAACACAGCUGCCAAUGUACUCAGGGAGACAUGGCUCAUCUACAAACACACCAAAUUAGUCAAGAAGAUCGAUCACGCCAGGGUACGCAAACAUCAAAGGAAAUUCCUGCAAGCCAUUCACCAAUUGCGCAGAGUCAAAAUGGAACAGAGGAAACUCAUCGACCAGGCUAAUACACUUGUGGAUCUAGCCAAGACUCAGAACAUGAUGUACGACCUGGUGUCUGACCUGCAGCGGCUCAGCAAGGAGCUGGAUAGGAGGAUCGGUAGUCUGGACGACAAACUGGACUCCCUCCUAGUCAGUCUGCAGGCCCUACCCAGCCUGCUGUCCCAGGCCGUCACACAGCAGCACAGGGACUUCCUGGAUGGCUUGGCCCCCCGUGUACGGACAGCCUCGAAGGGCUCCGAGGACGAUUGGGUUCCCGCCAGGCGCCAACGGUCCCUCUCCACUGCACCACAGACCAUACCUUACAGCUGACAGCCUGCCAGCUCGGGACAUUUUAGCCUCUGUCUAUUAAUUUGAGAGUGGUUAGAUCUCUCCAGCACCAUCCCUCAGCUGUUUACCAAAACAAGUAGAGGGGUGACCGAUUUGAAGGUUUUCUGAAUCCCAAAUUCCUGUCAAUGUACCUGGGUCAUUCUUGAAUUGCGGUGGAAUUUGGGCAUGGCAUUUUGGGAAAAAAUUAUUUAAAUUGUAUUUAUACUAUUGUUUUAUUUUGUUAAAUGGUUUACAUUUUUUAUAUACUAUUUUUUUGUUUUUGUAAUACCAAUUACACCAAAUGUAGGCUGUCAUACUAAAGUGUGAUUAGCUAAUAAUUGUCUUUAACCCCAUAAAGUCUAAUUAGCAUAGUAAAAAAAUCCCCAUAAAAAUCUGUCAGUUUA